GAAGGAAGGAGCUGGUAAUCAGUCACUGUGCGUUUUGCUGUCUAUUGGUCUGUGUUACACUUAUUCAGUGCUGUCUCUGGUGUUCAGUUCACUCACCUUCCAAUGUUAUUUCUGGCAGAGCGUGAGCGGUGAGAUCGUGUGAUCGGAGCCACUGAUACAACUCUAGUGAGAGGUAAGGACAAGAGAGGGGACGGAGACCGGCAGCAGCUGUGGGAUUGCCACAACGGAGACGCUGCCUAAAUCUGUGAGCACUUCCCGGAUUCUCUGAUUUUACCGCAGGAAUCUGUCUGGAGAAUCUUCAAUGCACUCCCUCUAUAGAAAGUGCACCUUUCAUUAGGUACCCACGAUGAUCACACACUGACUGUACUUGAAACACACGGUGCCAAUACAACAAGAGGAUCGUCAGUCAGAGCCAAAGAGGUGACCAGCCCUGUGAUCCCAGGAUAGGAACUCCAGCACCCCAACACAUCUGAGCUCUGUGAAAUAUCCCGGGACAGGAGACCGGACAACUCGAUAAAUCCUGGGCCAGUAUCCAGGCACCGUGCUAUAUUGUGGAAUAGGAGCCCAGGCCUCAAGGUAGAUACUGGGACAGAAAUGUACAACUGGUGAAGAUUCACCAAACUGCAAUAUACAAAACAGGAGCCCUGACAUCCUGGGAAUUCCAGGACAAGAACCACCUCUCUGGGAAAGAGCAUACAGAUCCCAGGAAGUACAUUCACCCAGUCAGUGGGAAUGGCGAGUGUUUCAUCAACAGUAAAUAGCUGGUCUGAAAACCUGAACCCUCCACAACUUGUGAGGGAUUUGGGUUUACAGGAUCAUUAUCCUCACAAACUGUCACUGGUGUCAAUGCGGGAGGUAUCCUGGGGUAAACUGGACGACAACAAACCAACUCGACCAGAAGAUCUUCCUUGGCGAUUUCUCCAAAUGAUCCUCUCAGCUAAUUCACUGGCGAGGAAUCCUGAAUGGCCCCCUCAUCAGUCCUUGGAAGACAAGAAAGAUGAUGUUGAAGAUUUGUACGAUUUCUUUGAAGUGAAAGGGCCAGAGAUUUCUGGGAUUAACCCUCUGGAUAUCAUUGCUGCCAUUUUCCUCUGUGCCGACCACUCUCUCCAGCAGGAACUGAUGCUGAAGAUGUCUCUGUGCCAACUUGCAUUACCAUUUCUGCUGCCGGAAGGGCACAGUUACACCAGGGACAAGGUGAGGGGACCCAUGGAAGGGCCUGAUGCCACCCUUCUCCUCUGGGCCAUGAGGCCCAUUGUUAAAAUGUGGUGCCCACAAUCUCCCACAGGGAGCAGCCCCGUUGUGGAGAUGCCCAUCGUGACAGUAACCGUGCCAACUGUCUCCUUCCUCAGACUCGGAAGAUGCACGGUGUCCAAAUCCAAAAUCCUCAAUCUCACCUUGAGCCAGACCCAGCUGCAGCAGAACAUCUUCCUGCACUCCGGGAUGGAAUGUGGGAAUGUGCCCCGUGGGAUAUCGGAUGGGAUAGCUGAGAUCAGCUGGUAUCUACCUUCUGGGAAGAGCAACACGGACAUUUUCCCGGAGGCUGCUGCAUUCAUCAACCUCCGAGGUGACGCUGAAACUUACCAGGGACACACUCGGUUUCUGGCAAAAGUCUCUGCUGCUCUCUUUAUUUUCAUUGACGUUAUCGGUGAGAAGGAAAGAGAAUUCCUCAACUCACUCGCACAGUCACCGGCAAAACUCUUUCUGAUAGUGAACACUAACAUCAGUCAGCAACACAUCACCCCUGAGCAGGUAGAGAAACUGUUUAAAGAUCUGAAGUUGAAACCUCAACAAUGCAUUGUUCGGACAAAUGUAAACGAGGCCGAACUUGUGGAAGAACUUCGAUCCCAGAUAGAACAAGUGAUUCUAGUGAUGGACGGGGACCAGAGCUUCCUGAGUCUGGAACAAAUGGGUGACAUUGCGAGAGAAAGUGGGAUUCAGGUCGAUGAACAUCAUCCUGAAAUACAACGGGCCAAGGGCCUGACAUCCAAACCACAGAGAGAGGUUGACCAUGGAGACAGUUGGGGAUCAGAGGAUCCAUCUCACCGGCAUUCACCAGGUCUCCCACAGGGAAUGACUGGUGAUCCAUUAGCUGGAAAUAACUUUACAAAGUUACAACCACAACAAUGUGUUUCUCAGACAAAUGUAAGUGAGGCAACACUUGUAGAAAAAUGUAAUUCUUCGAUACAACAAGUAACAUGGAUGAGGGACAGGGAUCAGAGCUUCCCGAGUCUGGAGCAAACGGGUGACAUUGUGAGGGAAAGUGGGAUUCGUGUCAAUGAACAUCAUCCUGAAAUACAAGAAGCCAAGGACCUGACGUCCAAACCACAGAGAGAGGCCGACACUGGAGACAGCAGGCAGUCAGAGGAUCCAUCUCACCGGCAUUCACCAGGUCUCCCACAGGGAAUGAAUAGUGUUCCACAAGCUGGAAAUUACCAAUCUGAAAAUCUGAGCCCCCUACAACUUGUGAGGGAUUUAGGUUUACAGGAUCAUUAUCCUCACAAACUGUCACUGACGUCCAUGCGGGAGAUAUGCUGGGAUAAACUGGAUGACAGCAAACCAACUCGACCAGAAGAUCUUCCUUGGCGAUUUCUCCAAAUGAUCCUCUCAGCUAAUUCACUGGCGAGGAAUCCUGAAUGGCCCCCUGCUCAAUCCUCGGAAGACGAAGAUGGUGACGAUGAACCACAAGGGCCAGGAGAUUCUGGGAUUAACCCUCUGGAUAUCAUUGGUGCCAUUUUCCUCUGUGCCGACCACUCUCUCCAGCAGGAACUGAUGCUGAAGAUGUCUCUGUGCCAACUUGCAUUACCCUUUCUCCUGCCGGAAGGUCACAGUUACCCCAGGGACAAGGUGAGGGGACCCAUGGAAGGGCCUGGUGCCACCCUUCUCCUCUGGGCCAUGAGGCCCAUUGUUAAAAUGUGGUGCCCACAAUCUCCCACAGGGAACAGCCCCGUUGUGGAGAUGCCCAUCGUGACAGCAACCGUGCCAACUGUCUCCUUCCUCAGACUCGGAAGGUGCACGGUGUCCAAAUCCAAACUCCUCAAUCUCACCUUGAGCCAGACCCAGCUGCAACAGAACAUCUUCCCGCACUCCGGGAUGGAAUGUGGGAAUGUGCCCCGUGGGAUAUCGGAUGGGAUGGCUGAGAUCAGCUGGUAUCUACCUUCUGGGAAGAGCAACACGGACAUUUUCCCGGAGGCUGCUGCAUUCAUCAACCUCCGAGGUGAUGCUGAAACUUACCAGGGACACACUCGGUUUCUGGCAAAAGUCUCUGCUGCUCUCUUUAUUUUCAUUGACGUUAUCGGUGAGAAGGAAAGAGAAUUCCUCACCUCUCUUGCACAGUCACCGGCAAAACUCUUUCUGAUAGUGAACACUAACAUCAGUGAGCACCACAUCACCCCUGAGCAGGUAAAGAAACUGUUCAAAGAUCUGAAGUUACAACCUCAACAAAGCAUUGUUCGGACAAAUGUAAACAAGGCCAAACUUGUGGAAGAACUUCGUUCUCAGAUACAACAAGUGAUUCUAGUGAUGGACGGGGACCAGAGCUUCCUGAGUCUGGAACAAAUGGGUGACAUUGCGAGAAAAAGUGGGAUUCAGGUCGAUGAACAUCAGCCUGAAAUACAACGGGCCAAGGACCUGACGUCCAAACCACAGAGAGAGGCCGACCAUGGCGACAGCAGGGAGUCAGAGGAUCCAUCUCACCGGCAUUCACCAGGUCUCCCACAGGGAAUGGCUGGUGAUCCACCAGCUGGAAAUAAUCAAUCUCUAAAUGUGAGCCCACCACAAACUGCAAAUAAAUGUUCUGAACUUGUGAGGGAUUUGGGUUUACAGGAUCAUUAUCCUCACAAACUGUCACUGACGUCCAUGCGGGAGGUAUCCUGGGGUAAACUGGACGACAACAAACCAACUCGACCAGAAGAUCUUCCUUGGCGAUUUCUCCAAAGGAUCCUCUCAGCUAAUUCACUGGCGAGGAAUCCUGAAUGGCCCCCUGCUCGGUCCUCGGAAGACGAAGAUGGUGACGAUGAACCACAAGGGCCAGGAGAUUCUGGGUUUAACCCUCUGGAUAUCAUUGCUGCCAUUUUCCUCUGUGCCGACCACUCUCUCCAGCAGGAACUGAUGCUGAAGAUGUCUCUGUGCCAACUUGCAUUACCCUUUCUGCUGCCGGAAGGUCACAGUUACCCCAGGGACAAGGUGAGGGGACCCAUGGAAGGGCCUGGUGCCACCCUUCUCCUCUGGGCGAUGAGGCCCAUUGUUAAAAUGUGGUGCCCACAAUCUACCAAGGCGAGCAGCCCCGUUGUGGAGAUGCCCAUCGUGACAGCACCCGUGCCAACUGUCUCCUUCCUCAGACUCGGAAGAUGCACGGUGUCUAAAUCCAAACUCCUCAAUCUCACCUUGAGCCAGACCCAGCUGCAGCAGAACAUCUUCCUGCACUCCGAGAUGGAAUGUGGGAAUGUGCCCCGUGGGAUAUCGGAUGGGAUGGCUGAGAUCAGCUGGUAUCUACCUUCUGGGAAGAACAACACAAACAUUUUCCCGGAGGCUGCUGCAUUCAUCAACCUCCGAGGUGACGCUGAAACUUACCAGGGACACACUCGGUUUCUGGCAAAAGUCUCUGCUGCUCUCUUUAUUUUCAUUGACGUUAUCGGUGAGAAGGAAAGAGAAUUCCUCACCUCACUCGCACAGUCACCGGCAAAACUCAUUCUGAUAGUGAACACUAACAUCACCCCUGAGCAGGCAAAUAAACUGUUUGUAGAUCAGAAGUUACAGCGUAAACAAUGCAUUGUUCGGACAAAUGUAAACGAGGCCAAACUUGUGGAAAAACUUCGUCUCCAGAUAAAACAAGUGAUUCUAAUGAGUGACGGGGACCAGAGCUUCCUGAGUCUGGAACAAAUGGGUGACAUUGCGAGAGAAAGUGGGAUUCAGGUCGAUGAACGUCAGCCUGAAAUACAACGGGCCAAGGACCUGACCAAAAUACUGGGCAGUCUUGACCCUGCAGACAUCAUUGGGUAUAAAAAGAGAGUGCUGCCCUUUCAUGGAGAGCCCUGGCAAGGGCUGUCUAAAGUUGAGAAAGAGAAGUCUCGGAUGAAACUCCGUGGGGACAGAACCACAGAGAAGUAUAACCACGAGUUGGACAAAGACAAGAAAAGAAUCCGGGAAGCUCAGCUCAGACAGAGCCUGUCGGAGGAGAUGCAGAUAUUCAUUGACCACCUCACAUGUCCUGGUGGGGAUGACAGGGCCAUUUCCUUGCAGUGGCUGAAGCUGAUGCUGGACAGUAAAUCAAGGGAAAUCAUGGCAGGAUUGCGCAGGGAUUAUAAAGAACUGAGCAAAGACUCAAAGCAGAAGGUCAAGGAGCUGAAGGACAUGGAUCAGAAGAUGACUGAUAGUUCCCUGGGACUUGAGCACUUCAUGAGGGAACUGGGCCAGGUUUAUGAACUCUCAGUGACACAACACAACAUCAAGCAACAAAUACAGAUCCACCCACAUGUGCUUCAGUUACCGGGUGUUGCUGCUGAACUGUUGCUGGAUGGGUUCCCACUGGAGCUCAUUGAUGGAGACGUCUCCAACGUUCCUGUUUCAUGGAUCACUGCUGUACUGGAAGCAGUGGCCGAGAAGGUGGGACGUGCUUCCCGAGUGUUUGUGCUGACAGUGAUUGGAGUUCAGAGCACAGGCAAGUCCACGCUCCUCAAUACAAUGUUCUGUUUGCGGUUUGCUGUGAGCAGCGGCCGAUGUACUCGAGGGGCCUACAUGCAGCUGAUGAAGGUCACAGGGAGCCUGGCGGAGGAGCUGGGCUGUGACUUCAUCCUGGUCAUUGACACGGAGGGGCUGAGAGCCCCAGAACUUGCAACACUAACAGACAGCUACGAACACGACAAUGAGCUGGCAACAUUCGUGGUGGGAUUAAGCAACAUAACGUUGGUAAACAUAGGCAUGGAAAACAUCGCAGAGAUGAAAGAUAUUUUACAGAUUGUUGUUCAUUCCUUACUCCGCACGAACCAGACGGGGAAAAAACCAAAGUGUAUAUUUGUCCACCAGAAUGUUGGAGAUGUGAGUGCACAUGAUCACAAUCUGAGAGGCCGUCAGAAACUGCUGGAACAGCUGGAUAAGAUGACAGAGGCUGCAGCAAAACUGGAGAAGGUGGAGGGAGUAAUGUUCCAUGAUGUGAUGGACUAUGAUGCUGACAAGGACAACUGGUACAUCCCUGGUCUGUGGCAAGGUACACCCCCAAUGGCUGCCGUCAACACUGGCUAUAGUGAACACGUCUUCCAACUGAAGAAGAGUCUCAUUCAAUGUUUACUCAAAGGGAAACUAGAACAAGGAGCUUUCACAAUCCCAGACUUUACCAAAUGGAUGACUGGCCUUUGGGAGCAGGUGAAACAUGAGAAUUUUAUUUUCUGCUUCCAGAACAGUCUGUUCGCAGAGGCUUACAACCAGCUCUCUGUGAAGUACAAGGACUGGGAGUGGGAGCUCCGCAAAUUCACACAUUCCUGGGGAAACAAGGCUGAAAACACAAUAAACAAUGCCAGUGGUGACCUCAAACAACUGCUCCAAACACUGGAACGUGAGAUCAUGAAGGAGAUUAACAAAAGGGAGGUUGAGACUCUGGAUAAACUAAAAGCUCUGUUUGAAAGUGGGGCUAAUAACGUGCAGCUGAUGGAGAAAUACAGGGAGGAGUUCAAGCUCAGUAUCUCCAGUUUAUGCAGACGGCUUCAGGACGAUUCAAUACAGAGAUGUAAGGAUACCGUGAACAGACGUGUGGGACUGCAGGAAGUGGAUGAUAUUUGGAAUAAAUUUCACCAGAAGAUCGAACAACAGGUCAAGGAGCUUUUAUUAAAGUGUAAAGGGGCAAAUCAGGUGUUGGGUGACGAGGAACUGCAAACUGCCUUUGGAAAGAUGUGGCAAGACACACUGUCACAGCUGGACUAUCAGCCCUGUAGAGAAAGAAACAUCGAACUGGAGAUUGAAAAUCUUCUCAGAGAGAACACAGCAACUCACGGGAGGGUGAUUAAUGAAAUGCUAAAAAGAAAACCUCUCUGUAGAAAGGGAACUCAGUGCUUUCAAAUUGAAGGAAAACACAUCAACACGACAUGGACGAGACGUGCUAAAACAGUCAGUAUAUCCGCCAAACAAUCAGAUGUUGAUCGGGCAGCAAUGAUAAUACAGCCCCUCGAGCUUGAAUGCCAUCAAUGGAUCAGUGACCUCACAAAAAUGGACAUGGAUUAUGACAAUAAAUAUUGCAUUGAUCUUUUGAAUAUUAUACAGGAGAAAAUUAACAAUAUUUCACACCCAAACUUCACAAUGAGUGAGGAAUUCAGGGCUGAGUUUAAACUUCACCUGUGUGGUUUCGCUGUACCAAGAUUCCAAGAGAUGCAGACGAGGUUCAUCCAGAAACACGACCCGCGGCAAAGACUGGAAAACAUGAAGGGUCAAUACUUUGAUCUCUUCAUUGAUAUUUACACAGAGCAGGAUGCGAACCAGAGACAAGCAGAACGGUUUGCACAAUCUUGUUUCUUGCCAGCUCUCACAGACGCCACCCUCAAGGCUCUCAGUGUGAACAUCGUGGAUGAUAUGAAACAAAAUGACCCUGAGAGCAAGUACAGUCUCCGCAACAACUUCACUGUGGCCCUCCUGGUGCACUUGAAACAAAGGGAUACAUUUCAUGACUAUCACCGGUAUAUCACUGACCUUGAGAAUUUGGCCAAAGACUGGCUCCAUCACCAGGUUAUUGAACACUGCAAGACACAACGUGAUGGAGAGAGCACGUUUACCCGUCUGGCUAAAGGAAUCCUCACACAGAUCACUGGGAAAGCUAAAGAGAUUGUUGAGGAUGCAGUGAUGCAGAACUUUGCUGGAAAUGUUCAGAGCUUCCUGGACAUGUUUGUUGAAAAGUUAAAGACCAGGAUCUCAAUGCCCAAAGAUGAAAUGAAACUUGUUCUGUUUCACAGUGACGGUGAUGGCAAGAAAUGGGCAGAAGCAGUUCUGCCAUCUAUUGAAGAGGUGGAGCAGAGACUCCUCAGUGACGUAACAGGCUGGGAUGUCCAAGCAAAGAUUGAAGAAUUAUCCAUUAAACCCAGGGAUGAGCUGUUCAAAGGGUUAUUCAAUUGUACUAAGAAAUGUCCUUUCUGUGGGGUUUUCUGUGAUUCAGAGACCCCGGUACAUUCACAGCACUCUUGUAAGCAGCACAGACCUGAAGGUCUUAGUAGAUAUUGCUCCAUGAAGAGCAAACGUCUUGUAACUGACGUCUGCACAGCUUUAGUCGCAGGUAAUGGAUCAUUUAGAAAUGACGACAAUAAUUGGGAAUUGAAACCUUACAAGGAUUACCAAACUGUCAAUGAUUACUACAAAUCCUGGAUCAUCCAGCAGGAAAUUUCUGCACAGGCAGCAUCCUAUUGGAAGAAGGUUUUCUACACUUUCAAUGAGCAGUUUGCUGAAAAAUAUGGAGUAAAACCUGCAGAGAUCGAUGAAGCCUGGAACAUUGACUGGGAUGAAGUGAGGGAAGAUCUGAAUAAGACGUAUAACACAAACAUUCAGUCUUGGUGAGGUGCCUUUACAUGACAUCACUCAGUUUGAGGUAGAAGUGGACAAACUACGUCAAUAUAAAGGAAAUGGCAGAGAAAAUCACACAACAUUAAAAUUCAAAUCUGAUUAUGAAUCAUAAAACAAUUAGCAGAGCAGAGAAUUUCAACCAAUUGCUUAUUAAAAUUGCUUUUGCAGAAGUAACCAAACAGGUUGAGGGCAAAGCUGUAGACUUUGUCUGUAUGGACUUCAGGAAACCUUUGAUAAAAUUCCGCAUAGUGGCUGCUCCAGAAGGUUAGAUCGCAUGGAUCCAGGGAAAGCCAGCUGACUGGACAGAGAAUUGGCUUCAUGGAAGGAAGCAGAGGUGGUGGUGGAAGGUUGUUUUAUGGACUGGAGGUCUGUGACUAGUGGUGUGCCCCAGAGAUCCGUGCUGUUUGUGCUUUAUAAGAACAUAGAACAGGACAACACAGGAACGGGCCCUUCAUCCCACAAUGUUUGUGCCAAACAGGGAACCUAGCUACACUGAUUUCAUCUGCCUCCAUAACCCUGCAUUUCCUGCAAAUCCAUGUGCCUAUUUAUCAGCUUCUUAAACAUCACUAUCGUAUCUGCCUCCACCAGCAACCCUGGCAAUACGUUCCAGCUACUCACCACCCUCUGUGUAAAAAUAACUUGCCCCACAUCUCUAUUAUAUUUCCCCUCUUAUCUUGUAGCUACGCCCUCUGGGGUUGGGCAUUUCCACCCUGGGAAUAUAGUUGUGAUUGUCUACCCUAUCUAUGCCUCU